AAAUGUACUUUCUCCCGUAUCUUAUAAACAUAAUGCGCGGCUAGGAUGCCCUAUGAUUGUCUUAAGAAUAAUUCCCGCAAAACCAAGGAAAAGAGAAAUCCAGGCAUUUCCGCGUAACAUCCUUUCAGAAAGGAAUAGUCUGCAGUCACGGCCCACAUGGAUACCAGAUACGGGUAGGCACUCUACCACUCAAAUUGUUCUUUGUACCCUUUUCAAGUCAAGUCAAACACUGAUAUAAUAUAAAACCCUGUUUAACCCAGCUUCGAAUCCAAAAUUUUAAAAAAUUGAUAUUCCUAGCUCCACAAAUAAUGUUUGCAUGCAUCAUUUUACUUCUACUUUAAAUAAAAUAUAAAAUUUCAAGUAACAAUAAUUUAACCGAGCCCAAUCAACAACUAUUGAUACCGACGACCGACUGAGACCGUAAGACACAACUCGUGCCAUAUAUAUCUCCCACAGUAUCCUAUGCAUCCCCUAAAGUUAAGAUAGGGUAGACAAAUAGAUGGACAUUUCGAUCUCCAAGCUGCCACCACUAAUUUUUAAGAAUUACAUUAACAAAACAAGAGCCCAAUAAAAAUACGAUAUUUUACAAGUUCAUUGUCAACACAAAUAUAGACAUAUUUUCGUAUUUGUUUCAAGUCUUUCAAAAAAGAAAAAGGUCCAAUUUACUCUCCGAACUAUUUCAUUAUAUCACUUAACCCCUAAACUAUUUUUUUCUCUUAUUACCCUCUAGAGUAUUUAAAAUGGUUGUAAUGUUACUUACAUUUCUCUUUGUUGUUUCUCUUUAUGCGAGUCAUAUUUUAAGUUUAAAUUUUGUAGACCCAUAGAUGAUACUAUUAUCAAAGUUCUAAAACAUUUUCAAAAAAUUUCAUGGCUAUUUGCUUGAGAUUUUAAACCUCUCUGUUUAAAUUUGUCUAACAACUGCUUCCAACCUAUGUAAAGAGUUAUUAAAAAAUACCAAAAAAAAUGUUGAGAGAUAAGUUAUAAUGCAUAUAUCAGUCCCACCAAAUUUCAUUGCAAAAUGUAACCUAUAUAUAGAGAGAAACGUAAAAGACAAGCACCGUUAAGGAUUAAGGUAAAUCAUUUUCAAUAAUUCGGGAUGUAAAAUGAGCCGAGAAACUGUUCAGGGGUUAAGUGCUCCGGCAAAAAAGUUUGAAGGGCGUAAAAUGGACUUUUUUUUUCUUAAAAUAAUGAUGAGGUUUCAAAAGUUAGACUAAAGCGGAUGUAUUCGAAACAACUAUAUUUUAAACUAGACAUAGUAAAUAAAAACAUGAGAGAUACCUGUGUUUUGUAUGCACGUAAUCGAAAACAAACCCAGCAAAUCUCCAGCCAUGAGAGCUGCUUACCGUCUCACGGCUAUGCUAGCCAUGCUACCAAUCCUCCUCGUUGAUAUCCAGCCCAUGGCGGCGCCGGUUCCGUGCCUUCCAGGCCAGGCCUCGGCGCUGCUCCAGCUGAAGCGAUCCUUUGACGCCACGGUCGGUGACUACUCCGCCGCGUUCCGGUCAUGGGCGGCGGCCGGCACAGACUGUUGCAGCUGGGAGGGCGUCCGCUGCGGCGGCGGCGGCGACGGCCGUGUCACCUCCCUCGACUUGCGCGGCCGGGAGCUGCAAGCCGAGAGCCUUGACGCCGCGCUGUUCGGCCUCACCUCGCUGGAGUACCUUGACAUCUCCAGGAACAAUUUCAGCAUGUCCCAGCUCCCAUCCACCGGGUUCGAGAAGCUCACCGAGCUCACCCACCUUGACCUCUCCGACACCAACUUCGCCGGCCGGGUACCCGCCGGCAUCGGCCGCCUCACCAGACUCUCCUACCUUGACCUGUCGACGGCAUUCGGUGAAGACGAGAUGGACGACGACGAAGAGAACAGUGUCAUGUACUAUUCCUCGGACGAAAUUUCACAACUCUGGGUGCCAAGCUUGGAGACCUUGCUCACCAAUCUCACCCGGCUAGAAGUGCUUCGGCUGGGCAUGGUGAACUUGUCCAGCAAUGGCGAACGGUGGUGCGACGCCAUGGCCAGGUUCUCUCCAAAUCUUCAGGUCAUUAGCAUGCCAUACUGCUCACUGUCCGGUCCCAUUUGCCGGUCACUCUCGUCCUUGCGAUCACUUUCAGUGAUAGAACUCCACUUCAAUCAGUUGUCUGGUCCAGUUCCUGAGUUCUUGGCUGCACUCUCUAACCUUACUGUUCUUCAGCUUUCAAAUAACAUGUUUGAAGGGGUGUUCCCUCCAAUCAUCUUGCAGCAUGAGAAACUAACGACUAUUAACCUCACCAAAAAUCUUGGGAUCUCCGGAAAUUUCCCUAAUUUCUCUGCUGACAGUAACUUACAGAGUUUAUCUGUCAGCAAAACCAACUUCUCAGGCACAAUUCCAAGUUCUAUCAGCAACCUCAAAUCUCUGAAGGAGCUGGAUCUUGGAGUUAGUGGUCUCUCUGGAGUGCUGCCAUCCUCCAUUGGUAAGCUGAAAUCCUUAUCUUUACUAGAGGUUUCUGGGUUAGAGCUAGUAGGAUCCAUGCCGUCAUGGAUCUCAAACCUGACUUCUCUUACUAUUCUCAAGUUCUUCAGUUGUGGCUUGUCCGGACCCAUACCAGCUUCCAUAGGGAACUUAACAAAACUGACAAAAUUGGCACUGUACAAUUGCCACUUUUCAGGGGAGAUACCUCCACAGAUCUUAAAUUUGACUCAUUUGCAAUCCCUCCUGCUCCAUUCAAACAAUUUUGUCGGCACAGUGGAACUAGCCUCAUACUCGAAAAUGCAAAAUCUUUCUGUGCUGAAUCUCUCAAAUAAUAAACUAGUUGUGAUGGAUGGUGAAAAUAGUUCUUCAGUAGUGCCCUACCCCAGUAUUAGCUUUUUACGACUAGCAUCAUGCAGUAUAUCUAGCUUCCCUAACAUCUUGCGGCAUCUCCAUGAGAUUGCUUUUCUUGAUCUUUCAUAUAACCAAAUCCAAGGAGCAAUACCUCAGUGGGCAUGGAAGACCUCGACCCAAGGCUUUGCCUUGUUCAACCUAUCACAUAAUAAGUUUACGAGUAUUGGAUCUCACCCUUUACUUCCUGUUUACAUUGAAUUCUUCGAUCUCAGUUUCAACAAUAUUGAAGGGGCAAUACCUAUACCAAAAGAAGGAAGUGUCACCCUUGAUUACUCCAACAACCGGUUCUCAUCUCUGCCUCUCAAUUUCUCUACUUACCUAACAAAAACUGUCUUUUUCAAGGCCUCCAAUAAUAGCAUAUCUGGAAACAUUCCACCAUCGAUCUGUGACGGGAUUAAGAGUUUACAACUCAUUGAUCUCUCUAACAACAAUUUGACUGGCUUAAUACCAUCGUGUCUGAUGGAGGAUGCAGAUGCACUGCAGGUGCUAAGUCUAAAGGAUAAUCAUCUUACCGGCGAGUUACCUGGUAAUAUCAAGGAAGGUUGUGCAUUAAGUGCAUUAGUUUUCAGCGGCAAUUCGAUUCAAGGACAGCUACCAAGAUCUUUGGUUGCUUGCAGGAAUCUGGAGAUCCUUGACAUUGGCAACAAUAAAAUUAGUGACUCUUUCCCAUGUUGGAUGAGUAAACUUCCUCAACUUCAAGUCCUGGUCCUCAAGGCUAACAGGUUCAUUGGGCAGAUAUUGGAUCCUUCUUAUAGUGGUGAUACUAACAACUGUCAAUUUACAAAGUUGAGGAUUGCAGAUAUAGCAUCAAACAACUUCAGUGGCAUGUUGCCAGCAGAGUGGUUUAAGAUGCUGAAGUCCAUGAUGAACAGUUCUGAUAACGGAACUUCUGUCAUGGAAAAUCAGUAUUACCAUGGACAGACAUACCAGUUUACUGCUGCAGUCACAUACAAAGGCAAUGACAUGACAAUUUCCAAGAUCUUAACAUCACUUGUGCUCAUUGAUGUCUCAAAUAAUGAAUUCCACGGUAGCAUCCCUUCAAACAUUGGGGAACUUACAUUGCUUCACGGACUCAACAUGUCUCAUAACAUGCUUACAGGGCCAAUUCCAACUCAGUUUGGCAACUUGAACAACCUUGAGUCGUUGGACCUCUCCUCAAAUAAGCUUUCUGGUGAGAUCCCACAGGAGCUACCAUCAUUGAACUUCCUAGCAACGUUGAAUUUGUCCUAUAAUAUGUUGGCUGGAAGAAUACCACAAUCGUCACACUUCUUGACAUUUUCCAAUGCCUCUUUUGAGGGAAAUAUUGGGCUCUGCGGACCUCCAUUGUCUAAACAAUGUAGUUAUCCAACUGAACCAAACAUCAUGACACAUGCUUCCGAGAAGGAACCCAUAGAUGUUCUACUUUUUCUCUUCGCUGGGUUGGGAUUUGGUGUCUGCUUUGGAAUUACAAUUUUAGUCAUAUGGGGAAGCAACAACAGCAAGCAGCAAACUUGAGAGGGAACCAUGUUAUAGAAUGGCAGAAUAUUUUGUUAGUGACUCUUUGAGUCUUGAUCACUCCAGUAACACUCAGAAGGACAAAUAUUAAUGAGAUAAUCCAUAAAAUGCCAUUGACAAGCAUCUAGGUCCCAGAAAUGCCAUUGACAAGUGUGAGUUCCAAGAAAUGCCAUCGUACAAGCGAUUUUGUCCCAAAAAUGCCAUCGCCGUUAGGGUUCCAUCCAUUCCGCGCCGUUAAAUACACUGUUCAUCCUAUAGAACUUAACGGUGGACAGAACCCUAACGGCGAUGGCAUUUUUGGGACAAAAUCAUUUGUACGAUGGCAUUUCUUGGAACUCACACUUGUCGAUGGCAUUUCUGAGACUUGGACGCUUGUCAAUGACAUUUUAUGGAUUAUCUCAAUAUUAAUAGUGAUGCAUGUAUGAAUGAAAUAAAGGACUACGAUAUCAGGGAAUAUAGUAUGAGGGCUGUGGGCAUUGUAAUUUAGGCAACAAAGCAGACAACACCAUAUGCAUGAAAAGAUAUAUUUAUGUUUGAGAGCUA